GCAAUUUGUUGCCUGUAUUAGUAGAGCGGCUUCGUUCGGCGCUCGAGUUGUCCUGCUCGAGUCAGAGCAGCGAGGACCCUCUGCCACUCGAAGACUCGGGUAUCGACUCGGAAGAAGACCUCCGGAUGUGGGCCUCCGGUCUCUGCCAUUCCAUAGAGCAGCAGAGUAGCCAGAGCCCAAAGCCUUUAGAUUUAAAGUUCCUGGAGGACCUUCUGCUGUCGGAUAUUCAGACGGCACUUUCCCGGCUCCAGGACACCCUCAGACGCGUCGACGUCGGCACGCUUACAAAGUACAAUUCGACCCUAGACUCGACGAACAAGCUUCACCUGCUGCGGCUGAUAUCGAAUCUCCUUUCGAGGCUUAAAGUCCCGGAUGAGCUUUCGGCCGAGCCCUCGGAAAAGUCCUCGAAACCGGCCCAAGGAAACGGCGGAAAACGGCGCCGGGCGAACAGACACACCAUCGGUGUUUCCGCCGAGGAAAUAGCCCACGCGAGACGGUUACUUGACGAGAAAAACCUCGGCAAUGAUGUCCUGCCUGAUCCUUUGGGCCCGACGGUGCAAGCCAGACCCGUAAUCGAGGCCCAGGUACCACCACCGGUGGAAACACCGGUGGAGGAAGCUUUUGUACGCAAGCCAACAGUUCAGCAGGUUCCGCCCCCGCCGCCGCCGAAAUUGAAGACUUGUGAACAGGUCCGCGAGAAGCACAUCAAGGACGCGAUAAACCAGCAGCAGACUGCCUACUACAACAAAAACAAGGAUUUUUACAAGGAGAAUGUGUACUGUCACCAUUCCUCACCGCCUCCGGAAAUCGGACCAACUGAGGGCAGCGCGGUACUGUCGGAAAAUGGGGUCAAACGAGCGGAAGUGCCGAGAAAAGAGGAUCGAGAGUUUCAGUUUCAGCCGGCGGACGAUGAGGAGUACAGCAAUCGUCAGGUGCCGGCCUUUUACCAGCAACCCGUUGCCUCGAAGUAUAAUAAAUUCGUGGCUAAGAAGUCGAAGAUCAAGAGAGCGAAUACAAUUGACAUACCGAGCUACCUUAAACUGCAGGCAGAAAACUUUGGCCAGAAUCAGUCGGCGGCUCUGAGACGACCGAUAGACAUCGGGGACAAGAGUUUGGCAAACAAUGCGAACAUCAUACCGGCGUUCAAACCGAAGACUGACAACGACCGGAAAUUCCUCGCUCUGAUCAACAAGAAUAACGACACGGCGCCGAGCAACAGCAAAUUGCCGUUCAAGUCGUUUAACUACAGGCAACCGGACACCGUGGACAAGAAUUGGAACAGCAGGUUUUCCAACAUAAAAACAACCUUCGACAAACCUGCCUCGCAACUCGUCUUACCUACUGCGGAUGAGAACUCCAGGAUUACCGGGAACUCGGAGUCAUCCUCAAGACGGUCUUUCAGCGGCACCUCCGACAGCGGGGAGUCCGACGGGGUGGUCGUCGGCUCGUUGCGACUGCCGUACACGGCUCAGCCGAAACCGAAACAGGGCGGUUUCACCCACGCACCGACAUCUCCGUUUCAGAGGAUCGAAAAACCCGCCAAUCGGAGCGAAAACGCGUCGAUAUUCAAGUCGGGUUACCUGCCGAAGGGGGGCAGCAACUCCCUUCAGGCAAAGGUGAGGAUAUUCAACCAGGAGAACGUCGGCCAGACCGCAGCUCCGUCGACCUCGAUCGUCGCGCAGAACAAGAAUAAGUUCAACAAAAUGAACGACCUGCAAUCGCGGUACGAAACAGCCGAGCGAAAGCCCGCGAAAAAUUUAAACCCGCAUCACGGAUCGGCGGCGAGUUACGACCCUCUGAGUCUGGGCCAAUCCAAGCCCGACAACACCGUGCGCUCCUAUUUGCCCGGGAAUCGAAACGUCAUUUCGUCAAAAUUGAUAGUCAACGCCAACGUGAACGGCGACGAACAUGCUACGGUUAAGCAGCAGUAUCCGUACAUCGGAUACCACGGAAACCCAACGAAGAUUUGCAACACGGAUAAGGAACUCCCGCGGAACGAGGAACGGACUGAGUACUACGGCCAGUUACAGAACACGAAUGACUACCCGCCGAAGAAGGUAGAGAGGGAGGCCGAACCGCCGGUUCGAACUUCCUCACAUUCGUUCAUGAUGCAGAAAAUCGCGAGCGAGCACAACAACUACGAGAACAAACCGAAGGUGAAUCGGUACGUGAACGAAGCGUUGCGACUCAAGGAUAACAAGGAGGAAAAACCUGGCCAUAUUCAUCAGCCAAUGCUGAAGUCGCAGUACGUAAAGCCUACGAGUACGCAUGAAAACUACAACAAUUCGAGCAACAACGCUCCUCUACAAAAUCAUCAUCACAGAGUGCAGAUCAUGAACCGUCAACCGCCGGUGCAGACGUUCAACCUGAACAGAAACCAGAAUCCUGGCAAACGACUAUCGCAGGAUUAUUCUUCUCCGGAAUACAAACCUCAGCAGGUAAUUUAUCCCGUACCCUUUAGCGAAGCGACGACUCAUCUAAACAGCAUUCCCGUUCAGCCCAACCUGGCGACCAAAGCUCAAGAGAAUUCUGUCGUAGUUUACGAGGAUUCCGCGACGCGGAAUUCGGCCAGCCAAGCGAACGCGGUUUCCAACCAGCUGUCGGAAGCUAACAAUAAACCGGCGUCUUCCAUCGUCGAGGCGAAUUACUCGAGUCAUCCUCACGGCUUUUACAGACCAAGCGAUACCUACAAUGUGCAGUAUUCGGCCCAGCCGAGAAGAGACACGACGACUAACAGUCAGCCUGGUGGAUAUACAAACCAAGGCGAUUCGGCGAAGGUCGCGAAGCUUCCAGAGGAACAUACGCGUGGGAAUGAUCCUCGGGGCUUAUCGGGGUCAUAUGAAAGCAAUGCAAGUAGGACGACGACGAAGUCGCAGUACGGUAAUGAACAGCCGGAGGUUGUACACCUGGGCAAUAAUUUACCGGCGAGGAAUAAUACGUCGAUAAAUUAUCAGGACUCCAAUUACAUUCCUUAUCAGAGUUACAAAAUGAGGAAGGAAUACGGGGCAAACCCGAUUGAUGAUAGUUCGAAGAACUCGUACCCGGAGACGAAGCAUUACUACAAUCACGACCACGAUCAUCAUCCGACUGAGAACGAACGAACGCACAACGAGCAGCUGGUUUCUUCUUGUUCUUCGUUGGGUGAAAGCAACCCCGACAAAGAAAUCCAAAUGUAUGCAACGGAACCGGAAACACCGGAUGCGACGAGCAUCGAGGUGUUCCGGGAUCAAGGGAUGCUCUUGGAGGACGAGAAUAUUCAAAACCAGGACAUCAGCUCGGAGGGAAUCGUGACGAGGUAUCAGUGCGCGAUUGCGACUGUCGCCACGACUCCGGAGAGCUCUGAACCCGACCUGAGCGAAGUGCCCUUCCCGAAUCCGAAGCUCUACAACAUGGAAGUGUCAGCUUAUCCCGUUUCGACGAAUGACCACGUGCCUGUCAGCUACGGUGGGUACAACGAUCGAAAGAAAGCAUCGGUCGAAGUUAGCGACGAGUCUGCGGACGCUUUCGAUGAGAUACAACGGCACAAUUAUCUCCAGCAGCAAAUUAUCAACAAGUUACAAAACGACGCUGAUAAUUUGAACAAGAAUCAGGAUUACGCGCGGAGAAAAUCGCUGGAAAAGUUCAAAUGGGAUGAGAAGAAGCCAACGGAAGUCGACGCGACUGUAAAUCGAAGAUCUUCGUACUACGAGAAGAUCAAUCCCUCGGCCCACUUUCCCUUCGUCAAUAAAACUCAACCUCCACCCCCCGUCGCGGUUGUGGUUAAACAACACGAGGAACCGGUCAUCGAGAGCAACAACACACUCGAGAAGAUAAACAUGUUCGAGGAGAAGAGUCUUCAGCCGUUAUCGUCUACGGCUAGGCAGCGAUUCAGACCGUUGACCAUACCCAAGUUCGAAAAACCCAAGGACUUCCCACCCCCAAAGAUCAACGUCGUCUCACCGUCAAAGGUCGUGCUGAAGCAGCAGCUGAAGAGUGACAACAAGGAUUCGGGUGGGAUAAUAAGUAGCUCGACGAACAUGAUCGAUUCCAGCGACGAGUACCUGAUGUCCUGCGCAAACAGACAGUCUCGUUCCAUAGUUUUGUCUAAGUCCGAAUCGUGGCAUCAGCUGGCUUUAAGCAGAGGCAACUUGCAGCGACCUCAACCAGGGGCAACGAACCCCCUUUUGAAGCCUCCCAAGCCAAAGUCUCCGGCUGCGCUGAGACUAUCGAAGCAGUACGAAGCUCCGUUAGCCUCGGACAACAUGAAACGAAUGGAAGAAAAGAUCCAGAGAUACUUUCACAGUCCAACGAACGUACCGAAUUCGGAAUCAUCCAACAACACCAAUAACAACAACAAUAGCAGACGGGAGAGCAAGAGUAAACGGCAUUUCUCAUCUUCCAAGAAGAAUCACAGUAGCAGCACCGGAGGAGUAGGAGGAAUUGGAGUUGGUUUAGCGAGGAGUCAAACGAUGCCGCAUUUGUACGAAAAUGAUAAAUUACUGCUCGACGAGAAUACCGACGUUGAAAAAGCGUUCGAUAGCCUAUUCAAGGAAGCAACUAGAACCGAUAACCGUUAUUAAACGUGGAUAAAUAGUCUGUAAUAAAGCCAUAAAAUUUGUUUUUAAUUAAAUAGUAACGUUUACAAGAACUAAAACUGAGUCUGCAAGAGUUUAGAAGCUGUGAUAGCCAAACGCAGUUUUGUAUGUCGUGUCUGAUGUGUGUUUCCGAAGCCCUGGGAUAGAUCAUGGACGGUUGUUAUAUUUGAGGCAGCCCUGAUAAGCACACCCAAGAAGCCCAUAUCACCAUUUGCCAAGUUUCGUCAACUUGAUCGGCAGAAUAGUGCUCCUAAAUCACCAAGCACUCCUAAAUCAGCUGGGAAGGACUUUCAGUUCAAGUUCACCGACCCCGUG